AUGGCUAACAAGUAUAAAAUACAUUUUGCGGAAUCAUCAGCCGCUGGAGACUCACGUAUCUUGUCACAACUACUUCACACUACUUUUCAGCAUGUGCUGACGGGAGCAAGAAGUCCAUCGCCUCGCCUGUACUCGUCAGACUCAGGAUUGUCUCGCCUAGUUUCAUGGGUAAAUCGACUUUCUCAACAAUUCGCUCGAAUAGUCGAGCCGGUCAAGUGCGAUCUAAAGUUACGAAGCCGGUAUCAUUACACAAGACACCGAGUUUGA